AUGUGUCUACUCACUAUGGAUGUUUCUAGGUUUCGAACUCGUGUCCACAAAUAUAUUGUCAUCGACGCGUUGAUUCAACCUUAUGUCGAACUCGUCGAUUUUAGACAUAAAAUUAGGGUUCUGAACAUAGCAGGGAAGACGAAGACGAAAUUUCCAGGGGAAGACGAAGACGAAGAAGAAGAAUGCAGGGAACGAAGCAAACGAGAAAGACGACCGCAAGCCAAAGUUAUUCAAGAGUUCCAGAAACAAUCAGCGCAAAUGGAUAUAACGACUGAAAUGAUGUCAGAUGCCAUAGAUGAUGUCUUGGAUGAUGAUGAAGCUGAAGAAGAGACAGAAGAUCUCACAAAUCAGGUGCUCGAUGAAAUUGGUGUGGAUCUUGCUUCACAGUUAUCAGCAGCUCCAAAAGGGAGACUCAAAACAAAGAACACCGAAAAUGUCAGCAGCUCGGAAAUUGAUGACAUCGAGAAGCGUUUGGCAGCUCUUAGAAAUCCAUAGCUUUUGUCUAGGAUUUUGGUUUUCAAACUCAGUUGUAAACUAUAGUUCUUUUCAGAACGUCUGUGUUUUGUUGGAAUUUCAGAAAUUCAAUGUGUAAUAUCCUUCUUGAAGUUGUUUAUUUAUUUCAGUUUAAAUUUU